AUAAAUAAUGCAAGAGCCUCUCCUCCUGGGGUAUGAUUUUGCUCCUAUCAUUCCCACUCUAUCACUUCAAUUUCCCACGAUUGAGAAAUCGGAAAAAUGAGUGACGCCAAGGUGCGCGAGGAGAAGAUUGAGAACGGUGGCGAGCAGCUGGAAGCGGGGUUCGGAGAUGGGAACGAGAAGAUGGCGAGGCGGGUAGUGUUCAAGAUGGACGUUCGAAUUCUACCCGUUCUUGCGCUACUCUUCUUAUGCUCGUUUAUCGAUCGAACAAAUGUCGGGAAUGCGAAGAUCUUGGGCCUGGAGCAUGAUAUCCACAUCAAUGACCACCAAUAUGCGAUUGGAUUGUGUGUUUUUUAUGCUACAUACAUUGCGAGUGAACUUCCAAGUAACCUGGUCUUGAAGAAAAUGUCGCCCAAAAUCUGGCUGCCGCUUCUCACCGCCGUCUGGGGCACAUUAACGCUGUGCCUUGGGUUCGUCCGGAACUUUGCAUCGUUCGUCACUGUGCGAGCACUGCUUGGUGUCGCUGAAGGAGGCCUUUUGCCUGGCAUGGUCCUUUACCUCUCGCACUUCUAUCGAAGACAAGAACUGGCGUUGCGUAUAGGCAUCUUCUAUACUGCUGCGUCACUCUCCGGAGCAUUCGGUGGUCUCCUCGCCCGAGGGUUAAACGCGAUCGGACCAGCCGGAGGCCUCGAAGGCUGGCGCUGGAUAUUCAUCGUCGAAGGUCUUUUGACUGUCUUCAUUGGUUUAUGCUCCGCCAUCUUCCUACCGAAUUCCAUCGAAGCUGCUGGCUUCCUCUCAGCAACCGAGAAAGAAUGCGCACGACACCGCCUCGGCGAGCAAAGCUCUGCGCACGAGCGAUUUGACUGGGCUGAAGUCAAACGCGGCAUCUUCAAUCUGCAGGUCUGGUUGACCGCACUGGCAUACUUUGCAAUCUUGUGCUGUCUCUAUUCAUUCGGCCUAUUUCUACCUACGAUCAUCAAUAACCUGAAGUUCGCAAAGGACCCGAACGAGGCCCAACUGUGGACCGUCAUACCCUAUGCUGUCGCAGCAUUCUUCACCGUAUGCGUGGCUCUAUUAUCCGAUCGUCUCGCGAUGCGUGGGCCAGUCAUGCUCUGCACUUUACCCAUCGCUAUCAUCGGAUACGGCGUUAUCAGCCGAAGCACGAAUCCACACGUCCAAUACGGCAUGACCUUCAUGAUGGCAACUGGCAUGUACGCGACUGUGCCGUGCAUUCUCUCUUGGAACAGCAACAACUCAGCGGGCCAUUACAAGCGCGCGACGACGUCGGCCCUGCAGCUUGCGGUCGCUAACUGUGGUGGGUUCGUGGCGAGCUUUGUGUACAAGAAGAAGGAGGGGCCGCAUUUUCACAAGAGUCACAGUAUCAUGUUGGGAUUACUCUGCGCUGCGUGGGUGCUAAUCGCGGCAAACGUUCUUUGGGUGCGGAAGAUCAAUCGUGACAAAGCGAGCGGGAAACAUGCUGCUUGGGAAAGAAAGGGCGAUGAUCGCGAUCCGGAUUUCAAGAUGGUGAUGUGAUCGCUCAUGAGACUUUUAUUGUAAACGAAAUCGCACAGUUGGAUCAUUGACUUGAAUAGCUACCCUCUCGUCUGUCAUCGAGACCCUCUCACAAGUACAAGCCAAGCUACCAAAAAAGGACGCCGAGGCACCUGAAUACCUGCCCAGAGUCUUAUACCUUACACUGUACCCAAUCCUUCGCUUU